AUGUUGGCUAAAAUUCUUGCUACUCGGCUGGAAAAACUACUUCCGAGGUUUAUCUACCCUACCCAAACUGGGUUUAUCAAGGGAAGAUACAUCCUUGAGAAUCUCAUCACUAGUUGGGAAGCCAUGGAGUGGGCUAGGACAUCUAACCAGGAUGCUGCCAUGUUCCUCUUCGAUUAUGAGAAGGCCUACGAUAGGGUGGAGUGGGAGUUUAUCAUCAUGAUGCUUGAAUCCUUCGGCUUCCUGGGUGAAUUUUGUCAAAUUGUUAAAGUGCUUCUACAUGAUGCCUCUGCUCAAAUCGAUAUUAAUGGAUCCCUUUCUACCCCUAUCGUGUUAUCCCGAUCCAUUAGGCAAGGGUGUCCCCUUGCUCCCUCCCUGUUCGUCAUUGCUUCCGAUGCCCUCUUUUAG